AUGGCGGCGGGACCUUUGGUUCCGGCUUUCAAAAGUACACGGAAACCCGAAUGGGAAGGCCGCAGCACCAUUGAUUAUGUGUCUGAAUCAUCCAGAAGACAAUUCCUCAACCUGCCGGAGGAGGCCCACGAACGUCUUCGGCGCGCUAGUGCUGAGCUCAAUGCCCAAAAUUCUUUCGUUCAGUCUAUUCUCUCGAACAAAACAGACCCGCUGGAGAUGUCUACCGCUCAGCAAUACCAGCUAGCUCGCUACAAGGUCGAUUUUCCAUCACCUAUCAUUGAAAAACGUGAUAUAAUGCUACCGCCUGUGCAGACUAUGAUUGGAGGAACAGUUGCUAGGCUUCAAUAUAUGAAAACCAAAGAAGAUUUCAUGGAGUAUCUGGUUGCACAGGUUUCUCACUGGGAGUUGUCGGACUGCCAAUUUAGGCAGCGUGACACUGCCCGCAGUCGUUUACUCAGAUACGUGGUAAAGGCUAUUCAAAACCGACUGACGGACGCGGAAGUGCAGACGGUUAAGUUCACGAUUAGGCUAAAAUGCUUUGGGAGCUUCCGCUCCGGUUUUGCUAUUCCUUCAUCCGAUAUGGACUUUGCCUUAGUCACAAGGGGCCUGCCAUCUGAGCUGGAAUUCGAACUUCCAACGAUAGUCAAACAAGCUUGUGUUUUAGCUGGAUACAAUGUACUCUCUGCCAAUCCAGAAUCAAAUAUUCUUACCAUCUCCGAGCCUCUAAGAAGCUCAGAUACAGUCCAAGUUUACCACUUAUAUUUUUCAGAUUUCGCUUUAAAGAUGCGAACUAGCACUCUUCUGCGGUGCUACAGGUCAUGCGAUGACCGAAUAUAUGAAAUGGGUGUUUUCAUAAAGACAUGGGCGCAUGCUCGCCAGAUCGAUGAUGUGAGAAAUGGAACUUUGCCAUCUUUUUGUUAUAUUCUGAUGCUUAUUCAUUAUUUAAUGAAUAUUGCGAAACCACCGGUGGUUCCCAACCUACAACUCUCCAACAUUGGCAGAAGAAAUCUGCAGUGGAUCGACGGACAUGAAACCUUUUUCUGGGACGACUUUGAAGAGAUUGCGCGUACUUCUCGCCAUAGAAAAUUGACUCAUAACUGCCAAACUACCGCCGAGCUCCUUCGAGGAUUUUUCACGUACUUUUCCCCCACAGAGUACAGUCCUAAGUAUCAGUUUAGAAGAACGCCCAAGUUUAAUUGGAAGCUUCAUGUCGUUUCAAUCCGGUGCCCAAACAUUGUUUAUAAAACCUCUAAAGAUUGGGAUCGCUUCAAUCAGGACGGACGCCGAGCCUGGACCUUCUUUGCUGUUGAAGAUCCAUUCAACCCACAAAACAAUAUGGCGCAAAAUGUUGACCUAAAUACAGUGUUUUUGAUUAGAGAGGAAUUUGAAAGAGUGAAUAUGAUCAUGAACCAGGCUCAGUUUGUUUCUGGAUUUGGCUGGGAGUGGAUUAAUAAAAAUGGGGAGGCUGGUGAGGACAUCUUCCAAGACAGACUUCCUCACACCUCUGAACUUCAACAAUGA